AUGUCAUCGCCUUAUAAAGUGAGCGGUGAGUCGAUGCGAUCGAGCGGUGGUCUCCGCUAUUAUCUGCAACAGUAUUGGCAGGACUUUGGCGACCAGCGGACCAACGGUUUGCCGCUCAUACGUGAGGGCCCGUGGGCUAUGAUCUUCGUGAUGAGCCUAUACCUGCUGUUUGUGCGCAAAGUGGGGCCCCGUAUGAUGAAACACAGGGACCCGUAUCAGCUGCGGCUGCCGAUGUUGGCCUACAACACGGCAAUGGUGGCCAUCAACUAUUACUUCUUCUUCCAAUCGCUGCUGUGGCUGGACUACGGCCGAGGAUUGGCCAACUUUAAGUGGCCCGACGGUCACGACCGCUCGGAGCGUACGAUGGGCUACAUCUGGUCGUUCUACCUCUACUGGUUGACCAAAUUUCUGGACCUAUUGGACACCGUGUUCUUCGUGUUGCGCAAGAAGUACACGCAGAUAACGCCGUUGCAUCUGUACCACCACACGGUGGUGCCCAUUCUGGGCUGGAUGUAUCUGUGGCACCGGUGGGGCUCGCCCGCGAUCACCCUGUUCGCUUUGCUCAAUUCGGCCGUACAUGUGGUGAUGUACUCGUAUUACGCGUUGGCGGCGUUCGGGCCCCGCAUCCAGAAGUACUUGUGGUGGAAGCGAUACAUCACUCAAAUCCAAUUGAUUCAGUUCGCGCUCCUCUGUCUCUACGGCUUCGUUAUAUACUCCUAUCAACAGAAUUACCCGCCCUUUGCCUUCUGGUUGGCCGCCAGUAAGUGA